AUGGAGUUCGCCGAGUACGAGAAGAUGCUAUGGAGCCUCAUGUCGCCCGACAACAGCGUGCGCAACGUGGCCGAGGCGACGUUCGAGGGCAUGAAGGCCGACAGCGAUGGCACGCUCCUGCAUCUGCUGCAGGUCAUUCGGUCGCCGGCGAGCGACGACGUGCGUGGCCUCGCCGCCGUGCUGCUUCGCCGCGUUCUCUUGCGCGACGAAGUCUCGCUGUGGUGCAACGCGAGCGACUUGACGCAGCACAGCGUCAAGAACGACCUGCUCACGGUGCUCACACACGAGGCCAACCCGUCGAUCCGGCGCAAGCUCUGCGAUACCGUCGGCGAGCUCGCGUCGUCCAUCCUCGAAGAAGGCGAAUGGGACGAGCUCCUGCCGUGCAUGUUUCACUGGAUCACGUCGGCGAACGUCGCGCACCGCGAAAGUGCUUUGCGGGUGUUUGAGAUGAUCUCGCUCUUCAUUGCGACGGCGAUGAGCGACUACUUUGACACGACGAUCCGGCAGCUCUUUGAGACGUGCCUCAUUGACCCGGCCGGGCACGUGGCCCUCCACGCGCUCCGCGCGCUUGGCAUGCUCCUCCUCAGCAUUGACGAGCUCGACGAACGCGACCGCUUUGGCACGCGGCAACUGGCCAUGGAGGUGCUGGUCUCGAUCGCCGAGAACGCGCCGGCCGCGUGCCGCCGGUUCCCGCACAACAGCUUUGUCGAAGUCGUCUUUCCGAUCGCGUUUGGCCUCAUGCUUGACGUCCCGGACGAGAUGCUCGAGGACGACGAAGCCAACGACGACAUCUCGAACGUCGACGUCGGCUCCGAGUCGCUCCAGCGCAUGGCGCAAGCGAUCGGGUUCAAGAAGUCUCUGAGCACGUGCUUUCGCCUCGUCACAUCUUUUGCCAACCACGGCGAUUGGCACUACCAGUACGCUGCCCUCCUCGGCCUCACGCAGAUCGUCGAGAUCAUCCCGCCGGCCCAAGUCCCGUCCGUCGUCGACCACGUGUUUACACACCUGUCGCCCACGUUCCACCCGCGCGUGCUCAGCGUUGCCCUCGACGCGCUCGGCCAGCUCGCGACGGACCACGGCCCCGUCUUCCAGGAGCAGUACCACGCCCAGACGAUCGCGAUGCUGCUCGAGUACAUGGCGCUCUCGGCGCCGGCGCUGGCCCAAGCCAGCUGGAAGUGGAAGUGCCACUUCCAAGCCCACGCCGCCACGUCGCUGCGCUAUUUUAUUGACACUGGCACGUCGAUGAUCGACCCGACGCCCGAAGGCCGGUCGGUGCAAGAACACGCGGUCGCCGCGAUCUCGUCGAUCGCGGGUUGCUGCGGCCCUAGCUUUGCCCGCUUUUACGACAAGUGGCUGCGCCUCCUCCCGAUGCGCGGUGACCUCGAGGAGUCGGCGGCGGUCAUCCAGCGCCUCUGCGCCGCGAUCCAGUCCAAGCACCGGAUCGUGUUUGAUGCGACCAACGUCCCGGCGCUCAUUUCGGUGCUGGCCGAGUCGAUUUCCGCCCAACUUUUUGCCGACCAAGACGACGUCCUCCACGACAUUCAAAUGGCGCUGCGCAGUCUCCGCGAGCUCAUUCCGCCGCACGUCAUGCAAGCCGUGUGGUCGUCCAUGUCGCCGACGCAGCAGCAAGCGCUCCAUGCGCUCUUCGCUUAG